ACAAAUGAUCUGAACAAUAGCCCCCCCUCACUGUUCAGGCUCCCCUGCUGAUUGGAUGAGCCGUCCAAAAAUGCAGCUCUGCAAUUAGUCAAAGUGACUGCCGGUCAAAUACAACCUUCCCACAGAGCAGGUUAGUCUGGGGCAACAGGAGACAGUACUGCACUGAUUUGCUUUCUCAUAGAUUUUAUUUUAUUUAAGGAUAUCGAUCCGGUCUGGCUCGGGAAACCAGAGUGAAUCGAAUGUGAUUUAGUUUGAUCAAAGCAUUCUCAAUAUUCAUUUUGCAAACAAUCACAAACUCACGCAAUGUAUAUAGAAUGGUACUGGGCAAAAAGGUGACAAAAGAGAGAAUUCUUCCAUCAGUGUGUGAAGAUGAUGGAGAUGAAGGCGGAAAAGAAGAGGAUUUGGGAGGAAUCACAAGCAGUCCAAUCAGCAGACCCAGGAGUCUCUACAGCAGAGGAACACCAGUGGGCACAUACAGUAACAUUGCAACCCCUCACCACAAACCAUCUGGCAUCAUUCUGAGAGUGUCUAGAUCGCCCAGCCAACAUCAAAACACAAGAAUGGGCCUUCAGGAUGAAGAUCGUAUGGAUGAAGAAGAUAAGGUGGAUGAAGGUGGAGGUAUCCAUCCAGGUGAUGGACAGCAGCAGGAGGAAGAGUGUGUCAUCAGUGACGAAGAUUUUGACACAGACCUGGAACUCGACAGAUUUCACAGGUUGGAUAACCCGGAAUGCAUAGCGCUGCUGGCCACCGUAACGGGGCGCGCAUCGAAGCAGCCUCCUGCUCGGUCUGCCCCCUGUCAGGGCGCGAGGGUGUUCCAUGAUCUGUUGCUGGGUACCGAAAGCCUAUGGCCGUUUUGCCUUGGUAACAACAUGUCUCACGUCCUGAGCACCAUCUGCGAGAUUAAAUGGAUUGGAGGGAUGGGCGGGCUGGCUGCCAUUGCUGAUAUGCUCAAAGAGGAUUUUGUACAUCACAGUUUCCCAGAAAUUGAUUUGUCUGAAAACCGGAUGGGUGAAUACGGAGCCAGGGCUCUGUCCAGCAUGCUGUUGGAAAACUCUACCCUAUUCUCUCUCAACCUCUCUGGGAACCAUCUGGAUGAGCGAGCGGCCAGACACCUGUCCCCAGCUCUGAUCGGCAACCAGAAACUUCAGCACCUUGACCUGAGUCACAACAGAUUCGGAGAUAUAGCAGGGGAAAUUCUUGGUGCUGCUAUUGCAGAGAACACGGCAAUGAAGUCACUCAAUCUGGCUUGGAACUGCAUUCGAGGAAAAGGAGCCAUUGCAUUUGCUAAAGGCCUGGAGGGAAAUAUCUUCUUGCGGACCCUGGAUUUGUCAUACAACGGCCUGGGCAAAGAAGGAGCUGUGGCUCUAGAGGAAGCACUCAAACACAACAAUACACUGGAGGAUCUGAACAUCAGCAAUAAUCGCAUACCACUUGAAGGAGCCAUCCAUUUAGCGCUUGGCCUCAAAAUGAACACGACUCUACGAAUUCUCAAAAUGUCUAGGAACCCAAUGCAGUCAGCGGGAUGCUUCGCCAUUUUAAAAUCAGUUCAAGCAAACCCAGAAACUGCAGUUGAGUUUUUAGAAUUCUCUGAUAUUUGUGUGGAUCAGGAAUUUGAAGACUUAUUCGAAAGCACCAAAGAAACACUCCCAAACCUCCAAGUGAAACAUGGUGGGAAAAUUAAUGCUGCACUUAAAAAGAGCUGAAGUUUAUUCAAAAACACAUUCUGGACAAUCCAAUUGUAAUUGUGUAGGCUUAUAGAACUGCAAAUGUUUUUCUGAACUUGCAUAAAACUGAGACUCUAAACUGAUUUGAAUUUCACUCCACACUCCUCCACAUGGUAAAUUGGAUCAAGUCACGGUUGAUGGAUCAUGGUUUCUGGUGUUAAGGGAACAACGGUUCGGUAGAAUACUGUUUAGAAGAAGAAUUGAUUACAUUAGUGACCAUAGACUUUAGAACAUUACUUACAAAAUAGGUAGUUGAGAUGAUGUGUAAAGCAAUCUAGAGUUUGUUUUAAAGUUGUGGGGGCGGUAAGAUUUUUAAAAAUUUUUUCAAAAGAAGUCUCUGAUGCAUUUUUUGAUCAACAAUUC